AUGUCAAUCGAUAAUGAACUUCAAGAUCCCUUGAUAGAAGAAGUGGAAGUCCCAAUAGCCCGAUCUGGACCUGAAAAGUCUAUCAAAACCAGUCCGAAGAAGAGAAAGCGAGGAGGAAAUCAUGAUCAGGAGGUUCCUAAACAAAAAGUUGACGAAGCAGGGAAGAAAAGGAAGUACAAUCCUUUCGACAACGAGGAUGUUGAUGUCGAAGCUGGUCUCAACAAUGCGAUUGCGAAAAUGAAUGACCAUUUACUGGUUGAUUAUGUCUCGAGCCAGACGAGGAGAUAUGAAAGUGAUCUCAGUUCCGUUGAAUUAGAAGAUCGAUAUUUGCCAGUAUCUGCUGUUCAGGAUACUACAUCGUGGACGAAACCACGAACUCUCGAUAAUCUGCCCGAGUUCUUGGAGAAAUUUUCUGGUAAUCCAACAAAACUUUGGUCUGCAUCGAAGAAGAAUGGAUCACCGCAUACAAUCAUUGUUACUGCUGCGGGUCUCAGAGCAGCCGACAUCGCUAGAGCUGUACGGAAAUUCCAAACCAAAGAUGUGAAAGUUGCAAAGUUGUUCGCAAAACAUAUCAAGCUGAAGGAUUCAAUAGGAUUUCUCAAAUCUUCCAGGACCGGGAUCGCUGUCGGUACACCUCAGAGAUUGAAGGACUUGAUGGAUGAAGGUUCACUUGCGGUCGACAGGUUGGAGAGAAUUGUCAUUGAUGCUUCUCAUAUUGAUCAGAAGAGGAGGGGCAUACUCGAAAUGAAAGAGACACAAAUACCUUUAACGACCUGGCUUGGCCAGAAACCUUUCAGAGAUAGAUAUGAAGGUUCUACUGAUAAGUUGGAACUUUUCUUUUACUGA